UGUUUGAAUACGUACAAUAAUGAAUCGAUUGAAGCAAUAUAAGAACGGCCGUUGUUAGUGCCGACAAAAUGUUAAUUGUUAAUUAAUAUACACUCACGUUCGAAAGGCUACGCGCUUUUUAUUAAUGUAUAUAAGAUGGAAGGUUUGCAUUGGAGUUACACAAACCAAAAUCCGUCAUUUCAACUGGUACACAUAUUUGCAAGAAGAUGAUGCGUAUGUUAAUGUUCAUCUGCGUGAUUGGCGUGGCGAACGCCGUUUCCAUCGGUCGAUACCGAAGGGGUGGUGACAACUGGUACGGGGGCCAGUGGAAUGAGGAAGAGAACGGCAACUGGUGGGGAAACAACUGGGAGAUGGAAAAUAACUGGAAUGGGGACAACAGCAAUUGGAGAAGGGGAAAUAACUGGUAUGGGAACAACAAGAACUGGAUGAGAGGAAACAACUGGUAUGGGAAAGACAACAACUGGAAUAGGGGAAGCAACUGGAACAAUAUGUGGAACGGAUAUGGAGAAAACUACAAAAACGGAGCCUAUGAACGUGAAUACGAUCAGGAACGAAACAAUUACCAGAACUAUGAAAAUAGUAAGGAGUACUACAGAGACAAACGCUCCGGUGGAGAUGGCGGUUACAAAAAGAAGUAGGACAUGAACACUGGUGAACUUCCUGGAAGACCUUGACGGGACCCCUUUGUAGGAACCUCAUUCGAUUCAAUGAUAUGUUUAGUUAACUAAUAUAUGUUUCGAAAUACA